GGAGCCAUAUUCGCCGCGGAUGCUUGGCCAUCCGGGUUGGUUCUUCUCCAGCUGAGUAAAGCGACGCCGAUCUGCACCCCUCACUGUCUUCCUCCGGAGUUACAUAAAGUUCAGAAGCCAUGUCUCGAAGAUAUGACUCCAGGACCACAAUAUUUUCUCCAGAAGGUCGGUUGUACCAAGUGGAGUAUGCCAUGGAAGCUAUCGGACACGCGGGCACCUGUUUGGGGAUCUUAGCCAAUGAUGGAGUCCUGCUCGCAGCAGAGCGGCGCAACAUCCACAAGCUUCUUGACGAAGUCUUUUUUUCUGAAAAAAUUUACAAACUUAAUGAGGAUAUGGCUUGCAGUGUGGCAGGCAUCACAUCUGAUGCUAACGUCCUGACUAAUGAACUAAGGCUCAUUGCUCAAAGGUAUUUAUUACAGUACCAGGAGCCAAUUCCAUGUGAGCAGUUGGUUACAGCACUGUGCGAUAUCAAACAGGCUUAUACACAGUUUGGAGGAAAGCGUCCCUUUGGUGUUUCUCUGCUGUACAUUGGCUGGGAUAAACACUAUGGCUUUCAGCUCUAUCAGAGUGACCCAAGUGGAAAUUACGGGGGAUGGAAAGCCACAUGUAUCGGGAACAACAGUGCGGCAGCCGUGUCAAUGUUGAAACAAGACUACAAAGAAGGAGAGAUGACUCUGAAGUCGGCACUUGCUCUCGCUAUCAAGGUGCUAAAUAAGACCAUGGAUGUUAGUAAACUGUCAGCUGAGAAAGUGGAAAUCGCCACACUAACAAGAGAGAAUGGAAAAACUGUGAUCAGAGUCCUCAAGCAGAAGGAAGUAGAACAGUUGAUCAAAAAACACGAGGAGGAAGAAGCUAAAGCUGAACGGGAGAAGAAAGAAAAAGAACAGAAAGAAAAGGAUAAAUAAACAAAAUCAUGAAUUUUAUAACUCCUUAGAGGCACCAAUUCAGUUAGGCGUGGUCCUGGCCUUCUACCCUGGAAAGGUUUUUUGUUAUUUUUUUCUUCUUUAACUUGCCCAUCGGGGAAAUAGGACAUUACAUACUGAAUUGGGUCCUUGUCGUAUCUGUCCAGUCGGAUCUUUAUUGUAAUGAUGGACAUCUUUAUAGACAUCUUAAUCUUAACAUAUAAUUUUUUGGAAUAAAAUUUAGAAAGAUUGGUUAUGGUGAAGGAAAA